GGCCGACCGCUCCGCUGGUCCAGUCUCUCACGGUCGUCGCCAUAUUGCGACGAGCUUUACACGCCGUCAAACCGCGACGUGCCCCCCACACCCCUGUGCAGCUGACCGACGACUCCGACUCCGACUCGCGGGACUCGACAUAUAACGACACACGGACGCCGCACGACAAUGGACUGAAAACGGAACGACCGGAGACACCGUCUAAAAUAAUCAGCGUCGUAACGGUCUUACGGACGGUUUAGCCGUCGGCACGGACGCCGCCGCACACCGAGCGAGGUCCACCGCGCACGUCCUGCUGCAGGGAAGGACCCAUUUAUAUAGUAUAAUAUAUAUAGUCAGUGGCGGUGUUUACGCGAGUUUCGUCGUUGAGACACUGUUCCGUCGCGCGUGAGUGCGGAUAGGGUCGGGAGACGUACACAUUACGAGCGUGUAUAGAUAGUUACGGCGUAGAUCACAACCUACAUCUAUACAGUCACAAGGGACCGCCGACGUCCGGGAGAGUCCAUCGCUCCGCGGCGGAAGAAGCGAGCGGCUCGGGCCACGGGCGCAAACGAAUUUCGGAAAAUUGGACACGACAACGCAGAAUAAAAUAUGGCACCCGUUGACAAGUCGACCGAUGGAUCCGAUUCGGCCGACAAAUCGGGCACGGCGCCACCAUCGAUGGGCGAAAAUAAGACAGUCGGCGGCACAUCGGCGCUUGAACAGCAGGCCAAACAGGGCACGCCCGUCUUGUACGGUACCGGAUACGCCGAGACGACUAUGAGUUCAAAGCUAGAAAACGCAGACGUUUUAAAAACUAAACUCUCUGACAAAGAUUUGAGGACGCCGAGCAUACCGUUCUUCACGUCCACGCCAAACACUUUAACUCCAACGGAUAGUUCUGAAAUGCCGCCAUGGGCAUCUUGGUCUAUAAUAAUAGCGGUAGUAUUAUUAGCCGUCGGAUUCGUGGGCUUUUGCAUACACAGAUUCUUCAGGAAACGAAGAACAAAAGAUGGCAAAAAAGGAAAAGGCGUUGUCGAUCUAAAGGCUGUCCAACUAUUAGGUUCGGCCUACAAAGAAAAAAUACAACCAGACAUGGAAGAAUUGGCUGAUAAUGCGGAAGAUAUCGCGGAAGAAGGAGACAGUACGAAAGACGAGAAAAAGUUGGGAAGGUUACAAUUCAAGAUGGAAUAUGAUUUCCAAGGCAAUACUCUCUCCGUGACUGUGAUCCAAGCGGAAGAUCUACCGGCCCUGGACAUGGGAGGUACUUCGGAUCCGUACGUGAAGGUUUAUUUAUUACCGGACAAAAAGAAAAAAUUCGAAACAAAAGUGCACAGAAAAACACUGAAUCCCGUCUUUAACGAAACAUUCCAGUUCAAGGGGAUACCUUAUGCAGAUGCGAUGAACAAGACUUUAGUGUUUGCCAUUUUCGAUUUUGACCGGUUCUCCAAGCACGAUCAAAUAGGAGAAGUAAAAGUGCCCUUGUGUCAGAUUGAUUUGGCUCAGACAAUUGAAGAAUGGAGAGAACUGCAGUCGGUCGAAGGAGAAGGAGGACAGCUGGGAGACAUUUGCUUCUCGUUGCGUUACGUGCCUACUGCCGGAAAACUUACCGUAGUGAUAUUGGAAGCUAAAAACUUAAAGAAAAUGGAUGUUGGUGGACUUUCAGAUCCGUACGUGAAGAUCGCAUUAAUGCAAAAUGGGAAAAGGUUAAAGAAAAAGAAAACGAGUAUAAAAAAGUGUACCCUCAAUCCAUAUUACAACGAGUCGUUCACAUUCGAAGUGCCAUUUGAACAGAUACAAAAAGUCAAUCUGGUGGUGACGGUGGUCGACUACGAUCGCAUCGGUACGUCUGAGCCCAUCGGCAAAGUGGUGUUGGGCUACAACGCCACCGGCACCGAAUUACGGCACUGGUCCGACAUGUUAGCGUCGCCGAGACGUCCGAUCGCGCAGUGGCACACGCUGAAGGAUCCGGACGACGACGCGAAAAACUAAAAGAACGUUUACACAUAAGAACCGACCGAACGACAGAACAUCGCCGACGGUCAUCGUCAUCGCUAAACCAUACGCUCGUCUCAAUCGCGGAUAUUAUAAUAUAAUAAUAUUAAAAAAAAAAAAAAACAGAAACCAUUCCUCGAAACAACACGCGAUUCGGAAUCUAUAAAAUACAAACAGACGCCUAUAAUACCCGAACACGGGUACAACGUACACUAUAAAAUAAUAUCGAAAUAGACAAUUAUUACUGUCCAAACGAGGAAACGCGCAAUUUCGUGUAUUGUUAUAUUUUCGCAUAAACAUAUUAAAAUAUAGGUACGACAUCUGUCCAAGUGUCAUUAUACGAUAUAAUAUAUACGUACUUCGUGUCCGGCGUGUGAUCAUAUCAUCGAUAUUUCUCGUUCCUUGUUUUCACGCGGACUGCAGCGAUUUUAAUAAUAUUAUAUUGUGUAAUGAUUACAGUUGUCGUCAAUCCGUAUAAUAUUCAUCGUUAUACUAUAACAUAACCCCGAAAAAUUAUUUACCGUUCAUAAUACGUUACUAUACCACGAACUCGAUUCGUGAUUAAUACCAAAUAACACUUACCGGUCAUAAACGUUUACUAUGUUAUAAAAUAUACGUUCAUAGAUACACGUCCGAACAUGGCCUAAGAUAUACAUAAUAUAUUAUAAUAUGUAUAUUUUAGUUCAUACUUCCUGGUUACCCGAUGAUCGCCGUUUAUCGUACAGACUCCGAAUUUAGAGAGAUAUUAUUGUACCUACGCAAAAACAAACGCCGUCUUAUUGUGAUGCGUAUUAUUCAAACAUAAUUCAGUGAUAUAGGCGGGGAGGCCGAGGAAGCUGCACCUUUCCCAGCAAUUUCCCGAAAAUUAAAAAACGCUUAUCUAAAAAAAAAAAAAACGAGUAACCGUGUAAUAAAAUAUUGUCGUUUUUAUGAAGGUUACAGCAAAAGUAAAAAAUGUCAUAAAUCCACGGCAUCGGCCUACUAGAGAUCCCAGUUAAGCAUCCCCUGUUUAAUAAAUUAUCAGCCCCCUCCUCCAAAAACAAAAUUCUAGCAGAUCAUUCGUGUAAUUAUGUAUUGUACCGUUUGUACUCGAGAGCGAUACGAAAUUAUUGACGAUACCGAACAAAAACUAAAACUAACGAUACAUAACUGUAAUAUUACAAAAUACGUCAUAUAAUAUUAUAAUAUACACCGAUGUCUUCUCUGCGUUAUUAUAAUUAUAUAGGUAAUAAUAUUGCCGGUAAUAAUAAUAUAUAAUGUGUUGCCUAUAUAUCAACGCCCUAACAGGUAAUAUAUUAUACAUAAUAGGUAGGUAUUCUCAUCUUUUUUCGUUUUAUUUUCUCUUCUCUUCUUGUCUUGGCGGAAAACCUACUUAAAAUAAAAAAAAAAUAAUAUUACAUUAAUAAAUAUAUUAUUAUAUAUUAUAUAUAAAUUAUAAUAUUAUCUUCGUUAACCCCCCCGUGGGUGUUGUUCUAUAAUUUAUACUAAGCCACUGUUAUUCGCUUCAUGUAAACAUUAUUUAGUUUUAAUACACCUACCUACCUAUACCUAGUUCAGAAAAUAAUACCAUCGUAUUAUUAUUAUUAUUAAUAUAUAUAUAUACAUAUAUAUAUUAUAAUAUAUUAUUUAUAUUAAAUUAUAUUAAGUUCUCUGUGUAAAUACUAUUUUACCACUAUUAUUAUUAUUAUUUGUAUUAUUAUCAUUACGUUUUGUUUAAUCGGAUAGAUUUAACACGUUAUUAUAAAAUAGUCUUCGUUAUUUAAUUGUAAUAAUAUUGUUAUCCUCGGAAAGACACGAGAAAUGCGUUUAUUAACGAGUCAUCAGAACAAAAAUUAUAUUACAUAAAAAAAUACCUCGUCAUACCUCAUUCCUAUACCUAGUCAAAACGAUAAUACAAUAACACGAUUCUAUAUUAUAUCCUAAAAUAAUACAUUGGCAUUUUUUAAUAAACGCAUGUUUCUUGUCAAUCUCGUUUAUACUUAUUCUCUAUUAUAAUUUACCAUUAUUUCGAAUAAUAAUAAAUAAUAAUAAAAAAAAAAUGAAAACAAUGAUAACAAUAACACAAUAUUAUAUUUUAGUCAAAUAAAAUAUACCUAUUAAAUUAUAUUCGUAAAGAAAUGUACUGUUUAUCUUGUUAUUGUUACUUAUUUAUGUAAAAUAUUGUAUUAUAUUCAAAUAAUAUUAUUAGAUACUUAAUUAAUAUUAUAUAUUAAAAACGAAAUAAAUGAGUAAGUCUAUAUUAUAUAAAAGAAUAAAAGCGCGUAGAGCGGGAAUAAUAUACGUUUCGGUCGCAAGGCUCGAGAUUUUGUCUGUCAUUAAAAUAUUAUACUGGGCGCUCGCAUUUCCUCUUAUUUUAAUAUUGGUAGCGAAUAAUAUGAUAUUUUAGAAGGAUAGGUAUUAUACUGUUCAACAAUAAUAAUAUUAUCGGUGACUGCCUAUUUCAAAAGGAUACCUAACGUAUUUCAACUUUCUUUAUGAUUUUUUUUCUCUAUUAACGUCGAAAAUUAUUAUAUUUUAAUGCCCAUUAUACUCAGCUAGUACUUACCUGUAUGGGUGUUCACCAAACGGGACGGUAAAACAUUGAUCAGCCAAAAUUACGUUUUCAUCGCUUUAAAAAUGCCAUUAUAAUAUACCAUAAUAUAUAUUAUUAUGCAUGCAUACAUAUACAUAUACAUACAUAUUAUAUUAUAUAAGUUAAAUAAAAAUCCAACGUUCGAACGCAAGCAUAAUAUCAAUGUUACGUUUUACAUUACUUUUUACCCAUGUUGAAGAGAAAACGAGUCAUUCGUGUAAUUUUUUUUAACGGUAUAUAUAAUAUAUAUUAUUAUUAUAAAAAGCGAUGUAAUUUUGUAGGAACUUUAAGAGACACGAACAACUGAAAUACAAAAUAAUAUAUAUAAUUUUUGUUGAGUAAAAAGCAUUAUUUACAUAAAAUAUCAGAAACGUACUAACGAAAUAUAAUAAUAAUAAUAAUUGUGUUCCUGCGGGCCGGUUAUGCCGAAACGUCUGUAUUGAUAAUACAAUAUUGGUUAUGAAUAUCGUUUUUUUGUUAUUUUAUAACAAUUGAUUAUAAUUUUUUUUUUCAUAAGCUAUCCCAAAAUUGUGUUGUAUUUUUUGGUUUAAAAAUAAAAAAAAAAUCAUAAAAAAAUGUAUAAUAUAUUAAUAUACUAUACUGUAAUGUUGGAUAAAUAUAUAUGUUAAAUAGCGCAUUAGAACUACACUAAUAAAUAUAAAUAAAUACCUAUAUAAUAUUAACAUGUA